AUGGCCGCCGAAGGAAUGGAUCAGUACACUUACGUGUUCGCGUUUGGUACUAUGUUUGCUCUUCUCGAGGCUUACAACAACGGUGCAAACGAUGUCGCCAACGCUUGGGCUACCAGUGUCUCCUCUCGAUCGGUUACGUACCGCCAAGCCAUGGCCCUCUGCCUGGUUUUCGAACUGGUUGGUGCCCUGGCAGUCGGUGCACGUACUGCCAGCACGAUAAAGAACGGAAUUAUCCCGAGUGAGUCGUUCGGGGAUAAUGCAGGAGUGCAGCUUCUCGCCUUUGCUUGCGCUUCUGCCGGUGCCUCCCUCUGGGUGAUGUGGUGUACCCGCCACUCGGCCCACGUCUCUUCUACCUACUCGCUAGUGUCCUCUAUUGCUGGUGUCGGUGUCGCUGCCGUUGGUGCUAGCAACGUCGAAUGGGGAUGGAGCGGAGGGUCCGGUCUUGGUGCUAUUUUCGCCGGCCUGUGCAUGGCUCCCGCCAUUGCUGGUGUCUUCGGCGCCGUCAUAUUUUCACUCAUCAAGUACACCGUCCACGUUCGAAAGAACCCGGUGUCUUGGGCCGUCUGGACGUCGCCCUUCUUCUUCCUUAUUGCUGGCGUCGUCUGUACAUUGUCUAUCGUUUACAAGGGAUCUCCUAAGCUUGGACUUGACGAGAAGCCUGCCUGGUAUAUUGUCAGUGUGACCCUCGGCGUCGGCUUCGGUCUUUUCUUCCUUGCAGCCAUCUUCUUUGUCCCUUACGUUCAUGGAAAGGUCAUCAGGAAGGAUGCGUCACUAAAGGCUUACCAUGUUUUCCUCGGCCCCCUUCUCUUCAACCGCCCUAUCGCAGAGGAGGCUGAGCACGCCGUGGUUCCAAACUACAAUGUCAUCCAGCACGGUGGCGAGGACAAUGACAGCGCCAAUGGUGUGAAGGUCUCUGAGAAGACUGACGCCCCUCUGGAUAACGACAAGGUCGCCGGUGACGAUUCUCAGACUCGUUCCCUUCCUUCCGACGGAUCUGUGGAGGCGGGUGAGAAGAACGGCUUGAGCAUUAACGAGCAAUACAAGCUCACGCUCAAGAAAGCAGAGGAAAAGCACCACGCUGAGCUCCGUCAGCAGCGCGGCCCCCUAGGCUGGGCUAUGCGUGUCCUGUACAGGAACCAAAUGGGGGCCGGUCGCAUUUAUGAACUGCACAACCUUAAGAUCUUCAUUAACCGGAUCCCUGCUAUGGUUGUCGUUGCCUUUACCUAUGGACUGAACUACGACAUUCACAAAGCACAGGUUGGCGUCCUCGGAACCCCUGAAGGACGCCGUAUGGACCGUGUUUACUUUCACGCCCCCAAGUAUCCCAACGAGGUCGAAUUUCUCUACUCUUUCGUCCAGGUCAUUACUGCUUGCACUGCUUCGUUUGCGCAUGGCGCUAAUGACGUUGGAAACGCUGUUGGUGUCUGGGCCGGUAUGUAUGCGGCUUGGUCUACGGGUAGGACCGCUGCCUCUAAGGAGGAGGUUCCGCUCUGGCAAAUUGCUACCGUCGCCUUGACCAUUUGCAUUGGCUUCAUUACCUACGGGUACAACAUCAUGAGAGUCAUGGGUAACAAGAUUACCUACCACUCCCCAUCACGUGGCACUUCCAUGGAGAUGGGUGCAGCCAUCACUAUUCUCAUCUUUUCCCAGUACUCUCUGCCUGUUUCUACGUCGAUGUGUAUCACGGGCGCCACUGUCGGUGUGGGACUGUGUAACGGCACUUUCAAGGCUGUCAACUGGCAGCGCGUGGGUCUUCUAUUCUUCUCCUGGGUCAUGACCAUCCCCAUUGCCGGCAUUAUUGGCGGUGGUCUCAUGGGUCUGGCUCUCAACACACCAAAG